GCAGCUGUUCUCCGGCGACGGGUCCUUCCAGCUCUGUGUUUGUGUGCCGCGGUCGGACGCUGUGCAGAUUCACUGCAGGAGAGAGCAGAUGGCACUUCAAACAACUCAAACUGUGGCACAGCCAAAGAAAACAUAAAAAAGCAUUUUGGAGCACCAGUGUUUUGGGUUCUUUUUUCCAGGUUAGCGUCUGCUAAUGUGUCCGGCUGAUGGAUCUUGAUGGUCAUGGCCCGUCCUCCCCCGGACCCUUUGUUUACUCUGAGGGGGUCAGCGGCCCCCGUCAACACACUCCAGUUCCACUGCAGCACGGCGGGUCGUCCUUUACUGUACUCAGGGUCAGAGAAAGGUUGCGUCCACGUGUGGAAUCUAAACAACCGGAGAGCAGAGCGCGUCUUGGAAGGUCAUGAUGGAGCAUCGGUCAUCUGGGUCAGCACCGUCGACUCCACGGACGCAUUCCUCAGUCAGGGUCGGGACAUGCGAGUGUGCGUGUGGGAUUUGCACGAGGGCCGCAGCGCGGUAACACACUCUCUCCGCACUGGAAGCGUCGGGUUCUGUCAGUGCAGCCUGCUGGAGGCAGAGACGAACAAAACCCUUCUGGCACUCCCAGCCGAGCACACGGAGGAGAUUAAAGUGAUGGAGUUGGCCAGUCAGACCCCCGUGCGCUCGUUAAUUCCAGACUCCAAGCAGGGCAUGCUCAUGUGCAUGAAGAUGUUUCAGGCAGAGUCAGGUCCUCUGUUGUGUGCUGGUUACGAAGACGGUUCUGUGGUCCUUUGGGACGUUUCUCAUGGACGUCCUCUCAGCUGCCUAAAGGCCCAUCCAGAGCCAGUCAUGUGUCUGGACUUUGACACAGACAGACAGAAAGGCAUCUCGGGGUCAUCGGACAAGACCCUGACCUCCUGGAUCAUCGACAGCCAGCAAAACCUUCAGAUGCAGAACUCCGUGCUGCUGACCAAUCCUGGAGUUUCCCAGCUGUGUAUUCGUGCUGAUGGGAAGAUUGUGGCAGCGGCGGGCUGGGACGGCAACGUGCGGGUUUUCGGCUGGAAGAGACUGAAGCCUCUCGCUGUCCUGCAGCACCACAAGGAUUUGGUUCACAGCGUUGCCUUCUCAAACCAUCCUGAGGCCUCGCAGAGACUGAUGGCAGCAGGCUCCAAGGACCAGCGCAUCAGUGUGUGGUCUAUUUACAGUGAAAGCUGAGUCCAAGUUUUGAAGACUGAGCCUCUAAAUGUCUUCUCCUUCAAUCCUGGUGGUAAAAUAAUGUUAAAUGAAGAAGCUGCAGCCUGUGGACUGCCACACAUAUUAGUAGCUGAAGACUUUUGAAGGGAUUCCUGCUGAUAUACAUCACAUUAGUAAAGUGGUUUUUGAACAAGCUGAAAAAUUGGAAGUUGGAUGCGCAGAUUCGGGGGGUGUAACUACUAGGGUGUCUUAAAGGCCAGGCUUUUUUACAUGGCUGCAUGCCACCUCGGUCAGGCACGGGCACAGAAAGGCCUUCUCUUAAUGCAGUGAUACUUUAUUAACAUUGAAACUUUCUAGUGCCGCUGUGAUGAGAACCAAGCUGUGCUAGGUAAUAUAGGCUUACCUAGUUAGUGAAAUGUGUUCACCAUGAUAUGCAAAACGAAGAUCAGCACUUUGAAAAAAGCCACGCGAACAUCGCAGUCUUCAUUUCUUGGCUCUAAACAUGCGCCUGCUCCUGUAAAAGGGAGGCUUCUGGUUAAUUAGACUUCACUCGCUGUGGUAUACGAAGCUGAAGAUGGCUUUGAAUUCCGCUGUUUAAGGUGGAAUGGAAAAUUAAGAAGCUGAAGAAAACGCCAACUUGUUUUAGUAAGUAAGGCUAGGUAGUUAACUGUGAGGUAAGCAGAUAUAAUAUUCAGAAAACCUUUUCCUCUGAUUAUGGUAACAGGGUGGGUGCCUUUUUAAUGGCUUAGCCACAGUGAAGUAGGCUAGUGGGCAGUCAUCACUAUAGUGAUAUCUCUGGGACAUACUUCAAGCUUGCUGGGACAUACUUUAAGAGUACUGCCCCCACUGCACAGUCGUCUACACGUUUAUAACUCUGAAUAAAGUGGAUCAAAUAAUCAAGAAUGAAUAAUCCGUAGUAAUCAAUUAAAAAACUAGGUCAGGGGUGGCAACCAAGAUGUUAAAAAUAACCGUUUUGUCCUUGACAAAAGUCAAACCACCUUGGGAGCCACAACAUUUUAUAUCCAUUUUACUGUCUUGGCUGUAAAUAUGUCUCAGUAAGUGCUAAUGUCCUAAUAUAGGCUAAAUUAUAAUGUAAAUGAAAACGCUUUACGGUUUAGCACAACUACAGCUGCUUUCUCGCAUCUCUGGCAGGAAACAAAAGUUGAAUAGUUUCUUGUAAGAUGUCUCAAUGUAUAAUUUUACGAGGCUGAAGGCAGCUUCUCAUUGGCCAACUUUCUUUUUUGAAUUUUUCUGUUCCACCUUAAAUUGCACCUCAGAUGCCAGAAGUAAGUAGUAAGUGAUACUUUUUUGAUCCUACAAACGGGGAAAUUCCACCUCCGCAUUUAACCCAUCCAUGAAGUGAAACACCACAUACACACUAGUGAACACACACACUAGGGGGCAGU